CUCCUUCCAUUCCAGCACAUCCUAAUUCCAAACCACUGCAUACCCAGCCGCCGUCUCUCUUUCACUCUCUCACUUUCUAUCAAGGGCCUUUUCCGGCACCCUUCGCCGGAGAACAACCGCGUCUCCAAUCGCCGGAGACUUGGAGGGCUUCGCCGGAGAGCAAUCGUAUCCGCGGACGGCGGUUAGUAAGAGUUUGGUUUCGUGCAUGUUGAAACGGCGGCGUUUGGUGGUUGUGGUGAGCAAUCGGGAGAGAGUGGGGUAGGAUGUAGUUUGGUUGAUCAGGGGAGAUGGGGAGAGUGGUCGUGGGGGUGGCGGUGACGGUGGCUGUGGCGACGUGUGCGGUUGCGGCGGUGGUGGUGGGGCGGAGAGUGAAAAGCCGGAGGAAGUGGAAGAAAGUGGCGAAUGUGGUGAGGGAACUUGAGGAAGGGUGCGACACUAGGGUUGGGAGGUUGAGGCAAGUGGUGGAUGCCAUGGCCGUGGAGAUGCACGCCGGGUUGGCAUCUGAAGGUGGCUCCAAGCUCAAAAUGCUUCUCACAUUCGUCGAUAAUCUCCCAAAUGGGACUGAGAAAGGAACAUAUUAUGCACUUCAUCUCGGGGGUACAAAUUUUAGGGUUUUGCGGGUUCAAUUAAGUGGUCAACCAACUUCAGACUUGGAACAUGAAGUAGAACGACAACCCAUUCCCCAAAAUGUCAUGACCAGCACAAGCGAGGACCUCUUUGAUUUUAUUGCAUCUUCAUUGAAGGAUUUCAUUGCCAAAGAAGGAGAUGGUUCCACUAUUUCACAGGGCAGAAGAGAACUUGGAUUUACAUUCUCCUUUCCUGUGAAGCAAAUGUCUGUUUCCUCUGGCAUUUUAAUCAAAUGGACGAAAGGGUUUUCCAUUGUAGACAUGGUAGGAAGAGAUGUUGCAGCAUGUUUGCAAGAAGCCUUUAUAAGGAAUGGCCUAGAUGUUCGGGUAGCUGCCUUGGUUAAUGACACUGUUGGAACAUUAGCAGUCGGGCAUUAUCACGAUCCAGAUACAGUUGCUGCAAUUAUAAUUGGUACCGGUACAAAUGCCUGUUAUUUGGAACGAGUUGAUGCUAUUAUCAAGUGCCAAGGUCUUCUUAUGUCAUCUGGGCGCAUGGUUGUUAACAUGGAAUGGGGGAACUUUUGGUCAUCUCACUUGCCAAGAACAUCGUAUGACAUUGAUUUGGAUGCUGCUAGUCCUAAUCCAAAUGAUCAGGGUUUUGAGAAAAUGAUAUCUGGAAUGUAUCUUGGUGAUUUAGUGAGGAGAGUCAUUCUCAGGAUGACAUUAGAGUCCGAUAUGUUUGGACCUAUUUCUCCAAAGCUUUCAAUGCCUUUCAUACUGAGGACUCCUUUGAUGGCUGCCAUGCAUGAGGAUAACACGCCUGACUUGAGAGAAGUAGCAAGAAUCCUUAAUGAUAUAUUUGAGAUCCCUGAUGUUCCUUUGAAGGCAAGAAAAAUAGUGGUGAAGGUGUGUGAUGUGGUGACUCGUAGAGCUGCUCGAUUGGCAGCUGCUGGUAUUGUUGGUAUCUUGAAAAAGAUUGGUAGGGACGGGAGUGGUGGCAUCACAGGUGGACGGAGUAGAAGUGAUAUGAAAAUGAAAAGAACAGUGGUGGCAAUUGAAGGGGGAUUGUAUUCUAAAUAUACAUUGUUUAGGGAGUACUUGCGUGAUGCUCUAAAUGAAAUAUUGGGGGAAGAUAUUGCCAAGCACGUUAUUCUAAAGGUCACCGAAGAUGGAUCUGGCAUUGGUGCCACACUGCUUGCUGCCUCCUAUUCAUCCUAAACUGUGGAUAAAGGGGGUUACUUACACCGCCAUAAAUAUAUUUAUAUAUAUAUAAUUUGUUUAAUAUAUAUAUAUAUAUGUAUGUAUAUAUAUAUCUGCAUAUUUAUAUAUAUGUACAUAUAUAUAUAUAUAUAUAUAUAUAUAUAGGCACACACACACGUAUAGCCAUGUAAAUCAGAAUUUGUUCUCCAUAUUUUAAAUAUCUCUGUAUAAAGGAAGGUUUCGUCUAUUCUUUGA